UACAAUUUUUAGUCGUCUUCCUUGAUUUUUCCAGCAAAAGAGAGUGAGAAUAAUAUAAUGAACCAUCGUGAAGAAGCAAAGAGGGCAAACAAUGAUGAAGACAACGGUGGUAUAGAUAUAGUUGUAGAAAAAUCUCAUGAUUUAAUUUCAGGAGGGUCGGUCCCGAAGCUUCUCAAGAAAUCAGCCGGUGGAGAAAAGUGUUGCAUCUUUAGAAUCCAUCAGAGACUCCGGAACAACAACUACAAGGACGCUUACGAACCAAGGGUUCUCUCAAUCGGUCCAUACCAUCAUGGAAAAGAACAUCUCCAAAUGAUUCAAGAGCACAAACAUCGAUUUCUCGGGAUCUUCAUGGAUGAAGCUCAAAAGAAGGGUGUGGAUAUGAAGGAUUUGAUAGAAGCAGUGUCAGAGUUGGAAGAAGAUAUAAGAGAGUCCUAUUCCGAGAGUCUUUAUAAUGGUGAUGUAUCUGGUCGGAAGAAAUUGAUUGAUAUGAUGGUUCUUGAUUGUUGUUUCAUUCUGAUUUUGUUCCUGGUGGUAGCUAGAAAAGUCAGCUACCCUGAGCGUGUGAAGGAUCCUAUUUUCGGAAUGAAAUGGAUUUUAACGGCUAAAGGAGUGACCUACUACUUUUGGAGAAUCAGGUUCCUUUCUUUCUUCUUCAAACUAUUUAUGACAAAUCGAAGAUUGGGACGUCAAGAGGGCUAGUUGAGAUAACAAUUAGUUUCUUCGAGGGUUCUAUUUCCAUAGAUAUACCAUAUUGUUUAGAAGACCAUCAAUUAGAGGCAAAACAUCUUCUUGAUCUGAUUCG